AUGCUAAAGGCGUUCAGUCAACAACUCGAUCAACCAGACGAUAAUUCAGAUUUGUCUGAAGCAAUGGACCUUGAAAACGAAAUUAUACACGAUGUAACCCGCCAGACCCGCAGCGAAGAUGCUGCAUUCAGCUGCGAUAAUGUUCCCGCUACUGUAGAAACAUUAUCCCCGAACAAAAGUAUAGCACGCUCAGAUCCACUACAAACUAACAAUAGGAAGACUCAGAUAAGUGCUGUCCAAUUAAACUCUCCCAGAGGGAAGCAGCCCGCUAAACAUACUACUUCAAGGCAAUAUGACAACUUUAGAAGCCGCGAAUCUUCCUCACCAAGGUACGAACUUCAAGGCGACCUCAUUAAGUUCUACAGAAACAGGUGUAGUUCGAUACCUCUCUCACCGCUCCUUGAAGACGUAGAGACACCUCUAGCUGGGUUCUACGUGAUGCCAGAUAUAGUCGCUAUUAAACAGAAGUCUCCUUCAAGUGAGGUAGAGGAGAAAACGCCAGUCAAUUCUUUAAGGGACCUGUUUUCGGUUGGAAGCGGUAUUCAGCAAGAAAUUUAUUUAUCAGCAGACGCAGGUUUUGGAAAAUCUGCUUUCUCAAAAUACCUUGCAAUCACGUGGUGCCAGGCUCAUCAUAAAGACAAAAACUACAAAUGUUUUAAAGAUAAGGAGUUAAAAGCUUUAUCUGACAUUGAGUUCUUAUUUUUGGUCUUAUUAAGAGAUUGUUCUGAUAUCUGUAGCAUAGACAAAAUGAUUGAGCAACAAAUUAUAAAACAACUUCGUACGUCAGUAUCACUAGAAGAAAUUUUACGUAAGGAGAAGUGCUUGAUUAUAUUAGACGGUCUCGAUGAAUGGACUCACCCUGAAAAUGGUUGUUCUAGACUAAACGAAAAAAUCCCACAUCGGUACGUACGUAAAAAGUGUGUUAUCUUAACGACUUCGCGUCCAUGGAAACUUGGAGUUUCAAAUCUAAAAACAAGUCAGGUAAACAAGAAAAUAGAGUUGGUUCAACUUAGUGAAGAUUCUAUGUGGCAACUUGAGAAAAAUGCUAUAAGUAAAAUGACUGGUGUUCCUGAUGGUGAUGAAUUGACGAGUAAAACAGAGGACUUAAAUAAAGUGAUCCGUGACUGUGGCCUUCAGCACAUGCAAGGGAUUCCACUCCUCCUCAUGUUUAUCACUUGUCUUUGGUGCAACAGAAUUCCCAUAGGAAACUCGAAAUGUGAUCUUUACACCAAAAUCAUUGAAUUUCUUUUAUCAAGAACAGCAAAGGAACACCCGGAAAUUCAACCAUCAUGUGAUACUUCUGUCUGCGAUAUACCAGAAUAUUUCAGAAAUCACAACUUUAUAAAAAACUUUUACUCUCUUAUAAAAUCAUUAUCAGAACUAGCUUAUCAAACAUUAUUUAAUGAAACAAGAGAAAACGCACUGGAGUUUGACGGAUCGGUUGCUAAAACAUAUCUCAAAGCAGACGACAUGAAAAUAAGCUUUUUCUCAGGAAUAUUGUCGGAAAGUAAAACUAAGACGCUAAUAAAAGAAAUUUCUAAAGUGUCAUUUUGCCACAAAACAGUUCAGGAAUUCUUUGCCGCCAUGUUUAUAAGUUCACACAGUGACGCUCAGGAAAUUGUUUUAGGAAAAUGUAGAAAUGUUCAAGACAUUCUGGACAUGUCAAACAUUUGUGAGUUCAUAAGUAAAAUGAAUGCUGACCUGAUCUGUGCAAUAUUAAAUGAUUUGAUGUCUGUGAUAAAUGAAGACGAGAUAACACGCGACUAUAGAGAUAGGACAGGUGACGAGUACUUGUCAUAUCAUCCAUUGUAUAUAAUACAUAAAAUGAUCAUGUCGUGUUUACAGGAAAUGCCUGAAAGUGAAAAUAUUCAAUUAUGUUUACAAGAUUUCUUCAUAGACGAGUACACAGUGCACAGUAAGCAGUUACAACGUUUGUUAAAACAAAAUAAAACCAACAUAAAAUCACUUUAUAUAAACACAUGGCGUAAUCCCAACAGUUUAUGUGAAAUUAUAGAAUUAUUUUCUCUCACAGAUCUCAGUCAUAUACAAAAACUUAACUAUAGUGGUUAUGAAGAGGAGAUAGCUGAGAUUUUGUUUCCUUGUUUACAGAACAUAUAUAUGUUUUCGGGUACAUGUACAAAUGAUGAAGAAAAUCUGGGGGGAAAUUUGGCGCGAUUACAAAACUUACAAUAUUUAGAUAUUCAAUUCUUCAAGUUAUCUCACAAAAAACUGGAAACAUUUUUCAAUUUUAUCUCCGGUCAAAACUCAAUGAAAGAGUUAACAUUGAUGUGGUUAGAAUGUAAAGAACAUGGCUACGAUGAAUGUCAGAGAUGGAACUUGGACUUGUCUCAACAUUCAGCUUUAUCAAAGUUAGAUUUGCGUAUGUUACCUGUGAGGCUACAAUUAAAUAUAACAAUACCAUCAUUAGUUAAUGUUACGUUGUGGAGCAUCAAUCUAGAUAAAAGAUCAUUGUUACUCUCACGUGACAUGUUGAAUAUUGAAAAAGUGGAUUUGAGACGUAUAAAAAUGUCUGCAAGAAGUUUGCAAAACUUUAUUACCGUGCUGGUAAUUCUGCCGCAGUCAGUUGAAGUAGGGAUGCACAAGAUUAAACCGAAAACAGCAUAUAAACGUGUUAAAAAACAUAUUCGGAGAUCACAAACAUUUCAUGUGAUACUAGACAGCGAAUGGUUUGAUUUUGAAACAAGGAAACCAAGUACAGAAUAAACAAGAAAGAGUAUUGUUAAAAAAACCUGAAGAAAUCACUUCAAAACUUAAAUAAAUAAAUGAAAAUGGAAACUUAAAAUACGUACGCUAUGGCGAUUGGUGAGACUUAACUUUAAUGCUCGGUCGUUUAGUAUUUAAGCAAAUCUAUCUGACAGUUGUUUAUAAAUAAACUGAUUUAAAGGUUAGAAAAUAUUCACUGAAAUAUUUUUACGAAACUUAAUGGAUAAAGAUAUGGAAAUAUUUCACAGCGGUCUUAAAUCAGACGUGAUGAUGAAUGUCAUGUGACAACGCGUAUUAGAUAAACCAACAGAUGGAAUCUCUACAAAAGUUCCUUGCUAAACAAAGAAAAGAAGCAAGUGUGAAUGUUCAAUGACAAUGGGGAAUGUAAAUAUACGAGAGUUCAAUAUAUUGACAUUACUCCUUACCAGAAAAAGGAACGGAGGAUAGUUAUGAAAAGACGUUACAUCACCAGGACAUUGUGCUUAUGUUUCCUAGCUUUAUGGAAACAUAUAUAAAAAAGACUCAUACAUUGAUCAUCAAAAAUGAAUUUUACCUGUUUUCUAUAACAAUAUGUUAUACAAAAAUAAAGAUAUCAAAUAUGAUGACCGCUGUGAAAUAUUUAAGAAUCUCUUAAGUCCCUUUAUUUAUAAAUAACUGUUAUUACUUUAGAAAAACAUUGUAUUUGAGUGAUAAUUACGCCUUUAACAUAGGAAUGUAUGUAUUUAAAACUUAAUCAUUUAUUUACUACAAAAUCAUAAUAAUUCGUAGGGCACUACAUUUUGUUGGUUUGCAUCCGGAUCCAUUGAAAUUUAUUUCGUCUGCUUUAAGAUUAUUUUUAAUUAAUUAUUUCCCUUUAUAUAAAAAAAAAACAAACAAUACAUUUAGUGCCAAUUAAUUUAUUAUCAAAGAAUUCACAUAAACCGUUGCUGUAACGAAAUGAAAAUUGUAAGACGAAAAUGAAUUGUUAUUAAAAUUGUUGUUAAUUCUGACAAAAGUUAUAUGUACAUAGAUAAAUAUCUUUGAAGUAAGCCUGUCACAUAAACACUUUGGAUCUUAGUUUUAUUUUGAUAAUAGUUUCGUGUUUAUUUUUGGAUAUAGUAGAAACUUUUUAUUAAGUGAGCAACUGUGGACUUUUACAGAAAGUGCAUCCAAGUUUUAUUUAACAUUUACAUUUUCUUUUAUCAAAAUUAUUUUGGAAUGUUUACGUUUCAAAAUGUAUAUGAUUAUAUAUAGGAGUCACUAUUUUAAUCUAAAUUUGACUGUGUUCUCAAUUUGUUGUUCACUAUUCAGAGCCUAUAUUGUCCUAAAUAAAUUCAAAAUAAUGCAUAGAGGAUAUUCAAGCCUUGUGUGAAAUAUGAUUAUGUUCAUACCAGAAGAUGAAUUAAAUUCCCGAAUUUAUAGCUAAAAAAAUUAUUUUCAGUUUAUUAUAUACAUUUUCUCAUUUUUGACCUUACUAUUUGAAAGACACCCCCUUUUAAGUUUUUGUAUUGGCUAAAUUCGACAAAUGAACCAGUAAAACUACAAAAAAUAGGUUUCACUGCAGCAAAAAAUAAAUUUGAACAAUUGAUCAUAAAAAUUAUUUCCUAAAUAUAUUACUAUUUUUUAUUUACUCCACAUUGAUAU